UUCAGUGAAACAAAUAAUGAGGAUAGUGAAAGAAAGAAGGGAAAUCGUAUUGAUGAAUUUCGAAGGUACGGACGUAUCGAACUUCAGCAAGAAUACUUCCACACUGAAGAAAGGGAGUAAAGAGAUGUUAUUCGGGAUGUCUCUGUCCUUUUAUUCGACGUUGUUUACAACAAAUAGGGCAAAAUAUGGGGUAAGCAAACACGAAACUGCUGUCAGUUUACCAAUCAUUUAUGCUAUAAAAUACUUAUAACAUUUAAUUUGAAAUGCAUGAAACCAUCAAAGGAAUUAAACAAAACGUUAAUGAAAAAAAAUGUGGGAAAAUUACAUGUGGACAGUGACAACACCGCCAACCAAUUCAAACUGACGAGUGUAUGUCUCCUGUACUAUGCUGUUGUCGUCAUUCGCUUUGUCUGUUAAAGAUUUCACUGCAAAUGUGGGAGUCAGGUCCAGGAAUAAGAGAAGAAAGCAUUCCGUUUACAUCAUUCACUGCUUUUUUUAUCCCUCCUCCUCCCAGUAAACAAAACAUCGAAUUGGGAUUCGAGAUCACUGGGUCAUUUGCACAACAAGUGAUGAAGGAUAGUAUCACGAUGGUGAAGGCAUUGGAUUUCAUGGGUCUACGACUCGAAUUCCCGAAAUGCUGA